AUCGAAAAUAAUGUACCAAAGCAAAAGGGUGGAGAGAUAAGAGAGAGAGAGUGAAUUCUAGAGAGAGAAAAUUUUGGUAGUGAGAGAGAGAGAGAGAGAGGAGGGAAAGGGAUGGGUCAGAUCGUGAAGAGGAAGAAGAAAGGUAGACCAUCGAAGGCAGAUCUGGCACGGCGGUCCGGUGGAGGACUGACAUCGUCGGAAUCAGAACCGCGGCGGAGUCUCCGUCGCCGGAAUGUGAGGUAUAACAUCGAUUACGACGACUUUCUUGAAGAAGACGAUGACGAUGAGGAAGAAGACGAGAGGAGGAGAGAGAAGAAGCUUAAGCUUGUUGUGAAGCUGAACCAAGGAAGAGAUGGAACGCAUCUAUCUCCAGUGGACGGACUUUCUAGGUCAGAGGCGCGUGAUGCACACGCGCUUGAGUAUGGUUCGUCGGCGUCGGAAGGUGAAGAAGAUGAACCAGAGAGGAAGCCAUUGAAGAAGAGGAGGAUUAUUGGUGAAGAAGAGGAUGAAGAUGAUGACUACGAUGAUCAAAUUCGUGGAGAUGAAAAUGAAGACGAUGACAUUGAUGAGGAAAGGGGAAGGAAGGUGGGCUCAAAAGGGUCCGACUCUGUUCCAGGGACUCCCUCAGAUCGAUCAUCCGGGAUACCAUUACCUGAUAAGAAGACAUUGGAGUUGAUCCUUGACAAACUUCAGAAGAAGGAUACUUAUGGUGUCUACGCUGAACCAGUUGAUCCUGAAGAGCUUCCUGACUAUCACGAUGUCAUUGAUCAUCCUAUGGACUUUGCUACCGUGAGGAAUAAGUUGGCCAACGGAUCAUAUUCAACUUUGGAACAAUUUGAGAGUGAUGUUUUCCUGAUAUGCUCAAAUGCGAUGCAAUACAAUUCACCAGAAACCAUUUACCACAAACAGGCACGUUCCAUUCAAGAGCUAGCCAAGAAGAAAUUCGAGAGAGUAAGAAAUGAAGUUGAACGCUCUGAGAAAGAGUUGAAGUUGGAGCAGAGUACGAAAUCCAAUUCUUACAUCAAGAAGCAACCACCAAAGAAACCCUUUUUCAGGACUUUGCAGGAACCCAUUGGAUCUGAUUUUUCCUCAGGUGCAACCCUUGCUGCCACGGGAGAUGUACAGAACAGUUCCAAUCCAAUCCAAGGUGUCGGCUACGAGGUACCUAGCAAUAUGGACGGGCAAGUAGAGGGUAGUUCCUCCUUCUUUGAUGCUACUAAUCAGGACAAGGCUGAAGAGCUCUUCUCAGGAAAGGGUCUUCUAGGUAAAUUGGGGAGAAAGACAUCUGUGCUUGAUGACAACCGGCGUGCAACUUACAACAUUUCUAAUUCACCAGCGCCAAGAUCAGAGUCAAUAUUUUCAACCUUCGAGGAUGAAAUAAGACAGCUUGUUGCGGUGGGGCUUCAUGCGGAGUAUUCCUAUGCUAGGAGUCUCGCUCGAUUUGCUGCAACACUCGGUCCUAUUGCGUGGAAAGUUGCCUCCCAGAGGAUUGAGCAGGCUGUACCUGUUGGAUGUAAAUUCGGCCGUGGUUGGGUGGGAGAAUAUGAGCCACUUCCAACCCCUGUAUUAAUGUUUGAGAACCACAACAAGAAGGAGCCUGAUUUCAAUCGUAACUUGCAUUCUACCAGCGAAUUAAGAAAGGAUGGAAAGCCUUCAGAUACUCCUUUGCCUAAGAAGGAACAUUCUCUUAGUGCACCAAGAACAGAAGUGAAUGGUCUUGCUAGAGGAUCCACCUUAGAUGGGAAGUCAUCUUUCUUUAAGUCCACCCCAAAUCCCGGUCCUCCUCAGCAAAACCAGCAGACCAAGGAUUUUACUGAGGUAGAGAAGAUCAAAAAGCAAGUUGAGUUAAAUUCCUUGCCCUCACCAAAACAAAAUAAAGUUGAUCUUGGUGUGGAGAAGCAAGCCAAUUCAAACGUGACCAGGUCUAGAGAUAUGACAUCGGUAAACUUAAAUCUUGUUCAAUCCGUGCCUUAUAAACUGCCUGGUGUUAAUGGUGGCGUUGUAACUGGGGGAUUGCCUAAUGGAAAAUUCCCGAGCAAUUGUUUGAAUAGUCCACGGGCUGCUUUAUCAUCUUCUAGCUUGCCUUCUCAAACGGCCCCAGUGGCAACUUCUCAUGGACAGGACCUGGGUCCCAGUAAGCCAGUACAAUUGAUGAGAAUGAUGUCUGAAAGAGCCCCAAAACAAGAGAACUUAUCCAAUCAAUCUUCAUCUGAUUCUCUGCCAACUUUGUCAUCAGCUCCUUCCGCAACGAGAGACGAUUCUAAUAAUGCUGCAGCAGUAGCUUCUCGUGCAUGGAUGUCCAUUGGGGCUGGAGGGUUUAAACAAGUCAGAGAUAAUUCUGCACCUAAAGGUCAAAUCUCUGCAGAUUCAUUAUAUAAUCCAGCUCGGGAAUUUCAUCCGCAAAUGACACGAGCAUGGGGGGAGUUUCGUGCUGGAGGCAAUCAGCUCCAAUCUGAGAAGAGCAAUUUCCCUAUGCAGGCAUUUGUUUCACAAGCCACUCUUGUACCAAAUGAACAACAGCUGCAAAACCGGUCCAUGAUUUACCCUCAGCUAGUCCAGGCUGACAUGUCUAAGUUCCAGUUGCAGUCGACUUGGCGAACUCUCAGCCCACAUAACCAACCAAGGAAGAAACAGGAAAUGCUUCCUCCCGACUUGAAUAUCGGUUUUCAGUCUCCUGGGUCUCCCGUGAAACAAUCCUCUAGUGUUUUGGUUGACUCCCAGCAGCCAGACCUAGCCUUGCAACUUUAAGUGAAGGCUAGUCAUGUGAAAAAGAUUCUUUCUAGGAACCUGCAACCUUUGGGGAUAAAACUGAGACAACCUUUCUUCCAUGUUGCACCAAAUAUGAGCACAAACAGAUUAUUGGUACGACACAGAUGAUUUGCAUUCGGAACAAACUCAAAAACCUUACCAGUCUUCAAUCCGGUAUUUAUAGGCAUCCUGAUUUAUAUAUUGGAAAUGAGGAAUGUCCACAGCAAGCAAUAUCUAUCUGGAUGUGGGAUGCUGCUUCUGUUGCAGUUGAGGAAAGAAUUUUUAGCAGGCGACAUUUUUUUUCUUCCAGUUUUCCGAUUGCUGUCGAGAAAAAGGACCAUCGCUUCACUGCCUUGCAGAAAGUUCCAGACUGGUCCCUAAUGUCAGGUAUAUCCCCCACCAUUGAAAAUGAAUGGAAAGAAAAAAAUGAUUUGCUUGUCAUUGUUUUGAGGUGCUGAAAAAGUUUCUAUCUGAGAAAUUGAGGAUACAGGUUUAGUUUUGCCUUGUAGAGUAGUCACAGGUGGAUGGAUAAAUUAGAUUCUCUGUAAUUACUUGGAUAAAAUCCCACUUCCAUGUAGUUCUGCUGCUUUAAUACAUGCAAAAUUUACCCAGCAAUGCCAUAAUGUUGUAACUAUUGUAUGCCAGUUGUGCUGUUUUUGCCAAUUAAUUUUGAUUGUUUAUUUGGCUCA